AGUAUUUGCUGUCUGUCACCCUAGCGACCUGCGACCCUCCCCGCCGCGCUAAGUUUUAGAGCAGUCCGUUCUCUGCGCCCUGGGCAGACCCCUGGCGGCAGACCGCGCAGUUACCUGGCGCUCUGAGCUCAACUGCGACCCGGCGGCUGAGUGUGGCAGCGGCGGCGGCGGACGACGAUCGCUCAGAUGCCUGUCCUCUAAUGCCGAGCCGUGCAUGGAAUCGGUCGCAGGAAGUCAUGUAAAAUACGGCAUUUCGAAGAUCCUGCGCCGCUCAACUGCCACCGACAUGGGCGUCACCCCAUUGGCUGCGAUUAUUCUGCUUGUGCCAGUGGCCGUGCAUAGUUUCCUGUUCCCGCUGAAGGAUGGCGCUGUAUGCAAGGAUAACGCCGACUGCGUGUCACCCUCGUUCCCCCGCGGCUGCUGUCUUAUGACGGGUCUGCAGCACGGCAGGCCGGUCGGGCGCUGCCAGCCCAUCCCGAAAAUCGGGGAAUACUGCGCACCGGGUGACCGCAGUCGCAGGAUUCUCGGCUACUCGGUGUACACAUUCUGGUGCCCCUGUGACGUCGGACUGACCUGUCAGCCGGUCAAAUUCAGCCGGAUGCCCUCAGGGAUGGACGCCUACACAGAUCCACAGUGCGUUCCCGAAGCCUUCCCCGAGUACGUCACGGCUCGGCCAAUUAAUGCAGAGCUCGAUCUGGGCGUCACGGUGGUAUAACACAACCAGAAUGUCGUGAAACACAGGCGUGAUGGUUGUAACACACAAGUAAGACGUGUUGUAACUUUGUGGAGCGGGAGUGUUUCUCAGGUGUAAGGUUCGGAAAACUUGUGCAUAGAAAUUGUAUCGCACAGGCGUAACGGUCGUAUAACCCAGGCGUAACGGUCGUUUUACAACGUUAGUAUAACACUGGUAGUUGUAGUUAUUAUCAACUAACACCGGUAGUUGAUAAUAACACCAGCGUAACGUAAAAGUUAUGUUUGUACAAAACAGGCGCGACGCUCGUGAAUCCAAAAUGUGACAGAUAUACGUGAAAGCGUGCGCCGUACGGAACGGCCGUUUGCGGCGCAAACGGCCACCUUUGAUAUCAAGAUGGAACAAGGCGGCUGUCACUCUGCCGAGCAGCCUAUAGAUGUAAUUGUUGUGUGGUCUGGACGUUGAUGGCAUUUAAGUGCAUCGAUGGUAUUAUCAAGACACCGGGUGAAGCGUUCUUGUGAUCUUUGUACCUGAGUCCUGAAACUUGUAUUUUUAGAUGAAUAAGACCAAUGCUAUCUCCUGUAGCUUUUCUCACAUGGUAGUGCAUAUUGGUGGUAGACGUUUCAUACUUUUCUGCUCUUUUUUUUUCUCGGCUAACAAUCCUCAUCUCUUAUUUCUAUAGAAGUCGUAGUGGUAAGCUAUCAGCAUAAUUUUAUGUGACCGAACCAGAGCGACGUUGCAUUUAUAAGAGUGUGAUUGUUUAGGUUCGGCUUUGAAAAUGAUUUGCUUGCAUGUGCAGAAAGUGGGCAGAAAUUUUGUAGAUAUGGCGUGCCCUUCAUAAAAACGUGGAACAGAAUGGUGGCAGUGAAGCAGAACAGCUGAGCUGUAUACUUUGUACUCUAUGUUUCUGUUCGUGCAGUGUGUUAUAUUUAUUGGCUGAGAUGUGAAUUUUGUAUAGCGUCUGUAAAGUCGAUUAUAAAAUCAGCCGAGUAAUCAAUUCAUUCUUAAAAGUUGUAUCGGGUGAAUACUGCAAAGCAUAAAGGGAAUGGUUAGAUUACUGCCGAUAGAUUUAUUUUUAAUUGAAACAAACCGGGCUAUACAACGGUAUUAUAGGUAAUGGUUAUUUUAUAGGAUAGGUACGACUUGUCUAGUUCUUGUUUCUGGGAGUUAUUACCAAUCCAAGAGACGGUUGUUUGAGUAGAAAAAUAUGACCGAAGGCAAAUACAUGAAUGCACUCCCUGAUAAAUACAGUAGUCUGAACAGCA